AUGUUGGCUUAUUUGCAACGCGCAAGACAACAUGACCAAUUUAUGAAAAAAGAGAUUCUGGAAUAUGAGAUAGGAAAACGGCAUCUGGCUAACAUGAUGGGUGAGGAUCCUGAAACAUUUACACAAGAGGAUAUAGAUAGAUCAAUUGAAUAUCUAUUUCCAUCAGGGUUAUUUGAACCUCUAGCUCGACCGAUGAUGAAACAUCCAAACAUAAUUUUUCCAAAUAGGAAAGAAGCAGAAUUUGAUGAAACUGGAAGGCCUUUCCAUUCUAUGUUCUAUACUUCAAAACCAAAUUAUUAUGAGAUGCUAUAUAAUAUUGUGGAUAUGAUGAAAUCUCUGAAUGAUAUCGAAGACACAUUAAUAAAGCAAGGAACAUUAUCUCCGAACAAAAUUGAUCUGAUAAGUUCUGCAUGGUUGUCGAAACAGGAAAUUGAAGAUAAAUUAUUGGAAACUAUUACUGACACGGAGUAUACCUAUCUUAUUGCGUCACUGGAACGAUUAAGUGAUCAUUCACAGUCAAAACAUGCAACAGAUCUCAUUAUAAAAUAUCGUAAACCGCUUGUGGCUUUCUCCAAGAAAGUAGAUAUACUACCUCUCAAAUAUGACAGCACAGGACGACCGUACAUCACAGUUAAAAACUGUAUGAGGAAAUCGGCAAGAGGCGAAGUGACGAUUUGGGGAAAUGGUACGGGAAAAAUCACUAUUAAUGGACACAACAUCACAUAUUUCGAAGAUCUUCAUCACCGGGAACAAAAAAGAUGUUUGGCAUAUUUUAAUGCCAAUUUAAUACUUCCGAGUAUCAGUGGCAUGUAA